AGCUUUCAUUUGUUGUGUGUAGUGUGAACUCAAUGACCAAAGAGACAGACUCUCAUCCUCUUGUUUCUUUGCUCGUGUUUCAACCACCGUCUCAUCCAAAUCCAACAACAGUCAAACUCUGUCUCUCUCUAACCCUACUGCCUUGCAUUUCAGACUUGUUUUUGCUGGCAAUUUUGAAUACCAUUUGCCUCUUCUUUUAUACUAGUACUACUAGUGUUUCCUCUUCCUGACACUAAUCUACUGUUAUCUUUCAGAGCUCACUAUUUACCACUCCAUUUCUCAUCCAUUAGCUCUCUCUCUCUCUCUCUCUCUCUCUCUGUGGUGUAACACUGUAUAGUGAUGCCUUUUGCCUUCUCUCUCUCAAGUGGCAGACAGAUUUAUGCUACCACUUUUUUAAUGAGUUCUGUCUCAUUAAUUUGGUGAGAUACCAUCCUUGUUUUGUUUCUCCUCCACAUCACAGUAUUUAUCAAGUUAUUUUCAGCCUUGCAUAGCUCUCUCUCUCUCUCUCUCUCACACACACACGCAAGCAUGAGCAGUUCUGAAGAUGCCACCUCCAAGUGUUUCUCAGGCGUCCUACGCCGUCUCCUAUGCACCGGCAGUCUUCCAACCUACCCUUCUGAUCAAAUCCCCGAAUCAGACCCUACCAACUUCAAUUUUCCAGAAAAAGACUCCAUCACUGUGGCCAAGGCUCAGGUUCAAGCUCAAGCCACCCCAGGAAUAGUGGCAAGACUAAUGGGUCUAGACUCAUUGCCAGCCAUCCCAAAACAGAGAAGUCUUGAAUCAAUUCUGCGAAGCAGAUCAGUGAAUUACACGGGUCACAUGCCCGAAUUCGAUCCAACACAAGCAGCCCUGCAUCGCAGGGUUAGAACAUCCGUCUCGUUUCGCGAAACUCCGACGUUUAUCAAUCAACAAAGUCCUGAUUUCUUUGUUCUGUGCUUCGAGAAAGCACUAUGCAAAGCCAAUGAAAAGAGGGUAAAGGAGAAAAACUUGGAUAAGGGUAUUCAAGAAACGAAGCUCAAGAAGGCGGAGAGAAGUAGAAACAGAGACAACACAAGAGAAAAAGCACUGUCUAUGAAGGAAAGGAAUGCUGAUAGAAACAACAAGAACAAGAAGGUUUGUAAGGAAAUAAUGGACGAGAAAAAGAGGGUCUCUGGUGAAACUUCUUCAGAGGUUAGCAAUGUUUUACCUCAUAAGAAGGAUGGUUGUAGAAAACCAGCUUCAACUUUGAAGCCUAAAAGUCCGGCAAACCCGAUAAAACCAGAUGAAGCAUUGAUUGAAUCAAGCUUUACAAAGAAGAAGAAGAAUCAAAAUGUGGCUCAGAAAGUAAAGCCUCAGUGUUGUAACUCACUGAACUCAAGUCCUAUACCAGGGUUAAUGAAUUUGAAUUCGAGGGCAAACUCAUCAUCAACAAUCACCAACUGUGUUUACCCAAGUCCAAAAAUCUGUCAUGCUUUGAAUACUGAUGAAGAUCAAGAACUAAGAGUGAGCAGUCACCAAGACGACAAGGCAGUGAAGAGUGAAGAAACAGAGUGUUACACUGAAAUGUUGGUUCAAAUUUGCAGGUUGGCAGAAGAGAAUAUGGAAGAUUCCAAUUGGGUGAGUCAGGGAGUGUUCAAUUUUGAAGAUUUUGAAGAGAUUUGUAUUGGGUUUGAGCAUCAAAUCUUUGAGCUGCUACUGAACCAGGUUGCUGAUGAACUUGUGGGGAUUCACAAGUUGAAGAACUUGACAUUGUAAUUAAUGCUUGAAGAGAGAGACUUUGUGAGAAUUGUUAAUCAAUUGUUACAAAGUGUCUUCUUAAUUUUUUUCCAACUUCCAGACUUACCUGGAGAGGAAUGUGAAUUGAGUUAUGUAGUUUCAGCA